GCGGCGGAGGGAAGUGGAGUUCGCGCGUCUUGUUGUGCGUCCGUGGACCAAACAGCAGCAGCAGCGGUGCGCUUUUCCUCCUCCAGAGCCGCAGGCAUCCCGGGGAGCAGCCACGCCGUGCAUGCCUCGGACACCAGGAGGAGGAGGAUACUGCUUUUUUCUUUCAUUAUAAUUUUGACUGAUUGAGACAGACCUAUUUUUCAAUUUUCCCUCAUGGUAACCAACACCGAGCAGCCGGAGACAUGUGGAAUAAUCUGGGGAAACUGCACCGCUUCUCACUAGUGUGUCUUCUCCUGACGCUGUGGGCUGAGGUGUCUCAUUCCACGGGUUACUUCGAGCUGCAGUUGAUUUCGGUGGAAAACCCCGAAGGUCAGCUCCUUAACGGCGACUGCUGCGACGCGGAGAAGAGCGCGGCGGAGGGCCACUGCGGCGCGGACGAGUGCGACACCUACUUCAAAGUGUGUUUAAAGGAAUACCAAACAGAGGUCACGACCAACGGACCGUGCACCUACGGCUCGGAAACUACUAAGGUUAUCGGUGGGAAUACUUUUCAGUUCAAGGGCGGCCAGAAAACCGGACAGAACCGGAACAAUGACGCCGGGAAGAUCAUCAUUCCCUUCCAGUUCGCGUGGCCGCGAGCGUACACUGUGAUAGUGGAGGCAUGGGACAGGGACAACGGCACACACAGCAAUGAUGAUGAGCUGCUGAUCGAACGCAGCAUCCACAAAGGGAUGAUCAACCCCGGAGAGGAGAAGCAGACGGUGGAGUAUAAGAGCUCGAUCGCCAGGCUCGAGUACACCAUCCGCGUACGCUGUGAUGAAAACUACUACGGCAGCAAGUGCAACAAAGUGUGCCGUCCACGUGAUGACUACUUCGGCCAUUAUGUGUGCGACCAGUUGGGAAACAGAGGCUGCAUGGAGGGCUGGACAGGGCCGGACUGCAAAAUAGCCAUCUGCAAACAAGGAUGCAGCCUCCAGCAUGGGGCGUGCAGCGUGCCGGGCGAGUGCAAGUGUAACUACGGCUGGCAGGGUCAGCUCUGCGACGAGUGCUUGCCGUAUCCCGGCUGUGUUCACGGCACCUGCAACGAGCCGUGGCAGUGCACCUGUGAGAAGAACUGGGGAGGUCUACUCUGUGACAAAGAUCUGAACUACUGUGGGACCAACCGGCCCUGUACGAACGGAGGGACGUGUAUGAACACAGAGCCGGACGAGUAUAACUGCGCCUGUCCAGACGGCUACUCUGGCAAGAACUGCGAGAUCGCGGAGCACGCCUGUGUGUCCAACCCCUGUGCCAACGGAGGGACGUGCCAUGAAGUCCCCUCAGGCUUUGAGUGUCACUGUCCUGCAGGCUGGUCCGGGCCAACCUGUGCUAAAGACACAGAUGAGUGUGCCUCCAGCCCCUGUGCUCAUGGCGGAACCUGCAUGGACAUGGAGAACGGCUUCGAAUGCAUCUGUCCUCCACAGUGGACAGGCAAGACCUGCCAGUUAGAUGUUGAUGAGUGUGCGGGGAAGCCUUGCAACUAUGCUUACUCUUGCAAAAACUUGAUUGGUGGAUAUCACUGUAGCUGCUUUCAUGGAUGGGUGGGCCGGAACUGUGAGAUCAAUAUAAAAAGCUGCCACGGUCAGUGUCAGAACGGAGGGACCUGCAAGGAGAUGGCCAGAGCAUACCAGUGUGUCUGCCAGGCAGGAUUCAUGGGUCGGCACUGCGAGUUUCAGAGAAACCGCUGUGCCAGCAGUCCAUGUAGGAACGGUGGCCGCUGCCACACCCUGCUGGACGGGUUCAUGUGUGAAUGCUCGCAGGGCUUCUCUGGUACAACUUGUGAGGUGCAGAAUGACCCCUGUAGCCCCAACCCAUGUCACAAUAAGGCUCAGUGUCACAGUCUGAUAGGGGAUUUCUACUGCAGCUGCCCCGACGAUUACGAGGGCAAAACCUGUUCAGAGCUCAAGGACCACUGCAAGACCAACAAGUGUGAAGUGAUUGACAGUUGCACAGUAGCAGUGGCCACCAAUGACACCCAAAAGCGGGUGUGGCACAUCUCAUCCAAUGUGUGCGGUCCCCAAGGCCACUGCAUCAGCCUCCCUGCCGGGAACUUCAGCUGCUCCUGUGAGCCGGGAUUCACUGGCACCUACUGCCACGAGAACAUUAAUGACUGUGCGUCAUCUCCCUGUAAGAACGGAGGCACCUGCAUCGAUGGCAUUAACUCCUUCGAGUGUGUGUGCCCAGGUGGCUGGGAGGGCAGUCUAUGUGAUGUUGAUGUGAAUGAGUGCAACAAGAACCCCUGUCAGAACGGAGGCCAGUGUGUCGAUCUGCUAAAUGACUUUUACUGCCACUGUGUAGACAACUGGAAAGGAAAGACCUGCCACUCACGGGAGAGCCAGUGCGACUCCACUACCUGCAGUAAUGGAGGGACUUGUUACGACCACGGAGACUCCUUCCUGUGUAGCUGCCCCUCAGGCUGGGGUGGCAGCACCUGCAACACAGCCAAAAACAGCACGUGUGACUCGGGUCCGUGCGAGAAUGGAGGGACGUGCGUCGGAGGGGGAGACGCCUUCACUUGCAUCUGCAAGGACGGCUGGAAGGGACUCACCUGCGCACAGAAUGCUGACGACUGCAAUCCACAUCCCUGCUACAACGGCGGCAUCUGUGUCGACGGAGUGAACUGGUUUCGCUGCGAAUGCGCCCCCGGAUUCGCCGGACCCGACUGCCGCAUCAAUAUAGACGAGUGUCAGUCUUCUCCGUGUGCUGAGGGUUCAACGUGCAUGGAUGAAAUCAAUGGCUACCGCUGCGUUUGUCCUCCAGGACACGCCGGACCUCGCUGUCAGGAGUUCAUCGGACUCGGGAAGUCGUGUCGUCAUGCCGGCCUGCAGUUUCCUCACGGCAGCAGGUGGGAGGAGGAGUGUAACGCCUGCCAGUGUGUCAACGGAUACGUUCGCUGCUCCAAGGUGAGGUGCGGUCGCCGGCCCUGCCUCCUCCCGAAGGCUCUGCCUCCUCCACCGGACACAAACGCUCCAUCCUGCCCCGGAGGUCACGAGUGUGUGGAGCAUCAGUUUCUCACCUGCUUCUCGCCGCCCUGCCACCAGUGGGGCGUGUGUUCGACACCCGACCCCCCGACACCCCUGCACACCCAGUGUGAGCCCAACAGUGGUUACCUUGACAACAGCUGUGCUCGCAUCACGCUCAUCUUCAAAAAGGACAAAGUGCCGCAGGGCACCACUGUGGAGAACAUCUGCUCCGAGCUGAGGUACCUUCCUGUAACUCAGACGCUGGCCGAGGAACGAGCGCUGCUCAUCCUCUGUGACCUGUCGUACUCCAACAGUGACGCUGUGGAGGUCGCCAUGUCCUUUGAGCAGGACGGACGGUCGAAGGACAGCGAUCGUGGACAGAUCCAGAGAGCGGCCAGCGCCAUCAUCAAUGCCCUGUCCAAACGCCACAACAGCACCGUCAAGCUGACUGUGGUGGAGGUCAAAGUGGAGACACAGGUGCAGCCGCCACCUGUUGGUUACCUGGUCCCGGUGCUGUGCGUCGUCUUCAGCGUCCUCUGGAUCUUCUGCAUCGUUGUUUGCGUGUGGUGGACGCGCAAGAGGAAGAAAGAGCGCGAGAGAACGGCCCGAUCCGAGGACACGACCGUCAACAACCGGCUGGAGCCGCUGCGGAGCAACGCCCUCAAAGACAACCGCGACAAAGACAUUCAGUACGAAUGCAAGAAACUGAUGGGCCCCUCGGACAGGACGUGCGACGGGGCCGAGGGCGAGGAGGAGGGGGAGCAGGAGGGGGAGCAGGAGGAAGACGAGGAGAGGGCGCUGGGCAUGGGGGAGAAGUGUCCGCCACAGAAGUGCUCCAUAGCGGGGGCGCAGGACAGGGGGGUGAUGGGAAAGGGAGGGGUCAUCUGCACGUCACGCAGCGGUCCGGUCAAGGCGCCGCACCGGACAGCGUACAGCCCCAAAGACAACCGGUGUAAAAACCUGAACGCCGCCAAGCUCAGCGAGGACAUUAAAGACCACUAUGUAUGAGCGGAGGAGGAGGGACCUUCCUGAAUCAAAGAAAAAAACAAAAACUGCGAUGUCUUCAACGUCACUGACUUUUCAACUCUUAAAAGCACCAAAAGUGAAGAUUACAGAUGCUUUAAUUUUCUAUUUUUGUUCGUCACACCUUAUUUAACGUCUUUGUCUGCAGCACGGAGGCUUAAUUUACCAAAAACUGACAAAAAAAAUGCAGAAAAACGACAAAAAAAGACAAGGAAAAUAAACAUCACUGCUUCUGGAUUUCUGGAUUUCUCGUCACACUGCUGAAAUCAAGAAGAAUUUUCUUUUCUCCUGAUUUUAUUUUUCUGUUUACAAACUGUUUUCAUCCGAACUAACGCUUCCCUUUUUUCGGAGAUCUAACUGAACGUCAUCGGCUGGCAGCUGUUAACUUGUUUCUACAGUUUGGUGCGUCCGGCUCCUGUCUGCCUUAGCCCAAACCUGCGGGCCUUUUCUACUCUGUCUUGAUUAUCAUGUCUUUUUAUAAAACAAAACUUAAAAAAAAGAAGAUUUUAUACACUUUUAAGUCCUUGAAAGUUGGCACAGAGAAUCCACUGUAUGAUACCCGGCAUGGCAUUUUUUUGUUUACAUUCAUUUCCAUUUUGCGUUGAGGCUUAAAGGUUCUUAAGUUUAUCCAUUUUAAAUAAUUAUGUUACGGCUUCCUGCGAGUCCACACGAUGAUUUUUCAGUAUUUGCGUUGGUAGAAAAGUGCCUUCAGCCCUUCUUUUUUUUUCUCCUCCUAUAGAGUUUAUGCAGAAUUUAAAAACAUAUAAAGGGAAAGAUGUCCUAGUAACAACUCUUCACACCACAGUAAAGGUUAUUUUCUUUGUACAUAUGUAAAUAUGGAAAAAAAUGGCUGUGUAUAUUUGAAUUUAGUAACUUAAGUGAUGCUUUGUAUCAUAGUUAUUCUAAAGACUGUUUUUGUGGUUGUUUUUUUUUUAAUGAUGUCAUUCCGUUUAUUAGUGUCUGUUGACACUAGGACAGGUUUUAUACAGAUUUUCGGACUGUGUCCAGGGUCCCACUGAAUCAUGAGCAUUGGUUUAAAAACAAAAGUGUUUGUCUUUAUGUUUUCUAAGUUUGGAGAGCUGUUUGUUCGGCCGGUCAGUCGCUGUGAGAGGACGUUUGUAUCUGAGAGGUGUUGAGCACGAGCUCAGUCGUGCUUUGACUAGAGGAACCUCCUCUCCAACAGUCCUGUUCAUUUCAAUGUCGUUUUGAUCCCUAAAAAAACAGAUUCUCCCUCACCUACAAUAUUUCCAUAACAGCUGUUUAAGUUUUAGGUUUCUGAGAGGUCAAACUAAUUUUAAAAAGCCUUUCUGCACCUACAAAUCCCUUUGUCUUCUUGCAUAGAUCACCUUUCUAAAACUGUCAUAAUCCAUAACCUACUCUUUGAAACCUGAGCAAAUUAGCUUGAUGUCUUUUAAAACAUGCAGGAAGAAAUGAUCCAAAAAUGAGCAAGACUUGUUUUUUUUUAAGUAUUGUACACGGAAAUUUGUUAAAAUAAGAACCAGGAACGAUAACCCGUGAAAAGUGCUUCAAAAAUAAUAACUAUGAUGACUUUAGGACACAGAAAAAGGUCCAGUGUGCUACCGAAAAACAGCCAAAAGUCUAUAUACUAAAAUACUAAAGAUACACUAAAUACAAAACAAAACAGGAAAUACACAAUAGUAUGUUUUACAAGUUUAUAUAAAAAGACGGCUGAUAAUAUAAUAAUUUUGUAACAAAAUGUUAGAGAAUCCAGUUAUGAUCAUUUAAUUUAAUUGGAUAAUAAGUAUAUUUUUAAAAAUAAUUUCUGAUAAUU